AGACCUUCACAUACAUUCUCUGCUCGUCAUCGAUUGAAGGGGGAGCGUGAACGUACCCUCACUUCUUACGAAGACGACUUCCUGUCCUCCUGGAUGCUUUCCUCGCCUCCAACACUGGUGGGGACGAAACGGAGUGCAGAUGGCGAGACGGCGACCAAAGACUGCCAGGCUUGCGAGAAUGCUGGCUGUUUCAACACCCUUCACGAUGCGCGCCCGUCAAAACGGAUAGCUUCCGUCGUCGAUGUAGGCGCCUUUCACACCGCUGUCGACGAGGCCGACCUGGGAGGCUUGGAGUCAGGCGAUCACUUUCCGGACAUCUGCUUUGAAAAGUUCUGCCAGGACUGCAAUUGGGAAACCUCAUGCGACUCUCCGUGCGAUUCUCCAUGCAAUUCUCCUUGCGUGGUACCGUGUUCCGAACCCGAGUGCGAACAGGAAGCAUGCUGGGAUCCUCAUUGUGACAACCAGUGCGAUGAGGUGCAAUGCGACCAGCAAUACUGUGUUCACAAAGGUCACUGUGAUCAACAGCCUUGCAAUGAUCAAUGUGUUGACCCUGAGUGCACCAAGCUAUCGGGCACCAACGAUCCUUGCUUCUGCCAUAGUUGCGAAGUCCAGUCGUGUCCGCUUGGAAAACCGAAUGACGAGUGCCAUAUGGCCGAGCCUGGACUAUCAACACCCAGCAAAGAUGCCCUCCACUGCUUCGAUAGCGCGACGUGUCGUCUACAAGACCAAGGCAGCGAAUUACGUCAAGGCAUGCUACCAUACGAGUCCUAUCCGUGUUAUCUUACUUCUCACAAUGCGUGGGACAAUUCCCAUAGCAUAACGCACACGUCGUAUGCCGAUACGCCCUCUCUUUCGUGUCACACUCCAUUAGACUCGGUGUUCAGUGAGCACCUAUCGCCAGCGUCCAAACAAGCUCCCAAUACUGGAUCAUGCUUCUUGAACAUCCCAGCGGAGCAUUGCCAUAUUGAUAAUUCCUGUUGCCAUGGAGAAGCAAGAGCUUGUGGGGAAGACCCUACCGCCCCCUCAGAGUACCUCAGUCUUCUCCAGAAAUCAAUGGCUCCUGGAAAUGCGCUGGCGGAUAGCUUCACCGACUUCGGAUUGGCGUACGACUUCUCUCUGGGGUCACAGCCUUUCUCUCCCGAGUCCAUGGGUUCAAUUGUCAUGGAUAAAAGCUUCCACAAUACAAACCCAAACUUGGAGGCUACGUGGUUGUAUCCGCAGCCUCAAUAUACAAACCUGAUUCCAUCCUUAGCGGAAGACUCCGGCACGAAGCUUGAUCUUCUUGCCUCUGCAAUACAAAACGAUGUGUUGCAACCAGAAAGCUCCUUGACGAUCCCAGACUCCAUGUGUACAGGAGUAGCCACAACUGGGACCGAUAACGGACAUGGAAGCGUAUGCAGAUGGCAACAUCGCCCAGGCGUACUGUGUCUCGCUGUGUUUGACAGUGCUGAAUCGCUACACAAGCACAUAAAAUCAGUCCAUGUCGAUAGCUGUAACCAAUGCUUCUGCCAGUGGGAAAAUUGUGAAUCUUCAACAAAGGACUUCAAACAACGGUCGAAAUUGUCUCGCCACCUCCUAGGACAUGCGGGCCAUCGUCCUUAUGCGUGUAGUUUCGACGGGUGCGACAAGAUGUUUGCUACUAACCAGGCCAAAGCGAAUCACGAACGCACCCACACUGGAGAUCGUCCAUAUGAAUGCAAACAAUGCGGGUACACAACAACUACAUAUACGCAGCUGCAAACGCACAUUUCUGCCUUGCACGAAGGGAAGAAACCGCACAAAUGUCGCUUCUGCGAUUUUUCUUGUGCGGAUAGCUCUAACUUGAGCAAGCAUGAGCGCACUCAUCAGACGCUCCGUCCAUACCGCUGUCUGCAUCCAGGUUGCACCUUUAAACCCGACUGCCGUUGGGAGAACCUCAAGCGUCACCUUCGCCGAGCGGGCCAUUGUCCCGAGCUGCUGAUCGAAGGAGGGGAAGCACACAAAACCUAUCGCGAGGCCGUGAGGCGCGAGAUUGACGAGUUCAACAAGAGAGAAGGGGCUGGAGCUGCGGGCAAGGGAUCUAGGAGGAGAAAGUAA